AUGGCUCUGCCUCUGAGGUCCUUGAGUAGGGGUUUGGCCAGCACAGCCAAGGGAGACCACGGAGGGGCAGGAGCCGGCACCUGGCGCCUCCUGACCUUCGUGCUGGCGCUCCCCAGUGUGGCUCUGUGCACCGUCAACUGCUGGCUGCACGCAGGCCACCGUGAGCGCCCAGAGUUCAUCCCCUACCACCACCUCCGCAUUCGCACCAAGCCCUUCGCCUGGGGGGACGGCAACCACACUCUUUUCCACAAUCCCCACUUCAACCCUCUGCCCACGGGCUACGAAGACCCCUGAAGCCCCAGCGGACAAUCCCAAGCACAAUAAAGGUGUGAAAGUUU